AUGUCUCAGCACAGCCACAACAACCACAAUGGCUACAACAGCAACAACCUCCGCAACAACACUACCUCACUCUCCAUCUUCACCUCAGCCCGUCACAACGACACGACGAUCGCCACGACAUCAACUACAGCGGCAGCCGCCAGCAGCAACAACAGUCACAACAGCAACGACUUCGCCUACCCUGAUUGGCAAUUAACAUUUAUAUUUCUCAUCUGCGGUCUCAUCAUCCUCAUCACCAUUCUCGGAAACAUUCUCGUCUGCACAGCUGUCGCAAUCGUCAGAAAGUUGAGGACACCGUCUAACUUGUUGAUAGUCAGUCUAGCGGUCUCUGAUCUACUAGUGGCGCUCUUGGUAAUGCCGUUCGCAUUGGUCUAUGAGGCAAAAGGUUGCUGGAUAUUUGGGCAGACGGCUUGCGACGUGUGGACGUCUUUAGAUGUUUUCUUAUGUACGGCUUCUAUCUUGAAUUUGUGCGUAAUAAGCGUUGAUCGUUACUUCGUUAUAACGAGACCGUUUCAGUAUGCCAUGAAGCGAACUCCUCUGAGGAUGACUUGUAUGAUUGUCUUUGUCUGGCUGCUCUCUGCUUUAAUAAGCAUCCCACCGAUGUUUGGCUGGAAGGAGGACCCGAAAAAGGACCACUGCAACAUCACCCAGAACAUCGGCUACCAGUUCUACGCCACCAUCGGGGCAUUCUACCUACCCCUGCUCGUCAUGGUCACCAUCUACUACCGCAUUUAUCGAGUUUCCUCAAGAAUCGCAGAAGCAGAGGCCAGAUCGAAGCCGAACAACUGCCAACUACAACAGCCACACCAGUCACACAGUAAUUCUCUCUCACUAACUCCAUCGAGACAGCAAUCGCAAUCACAGCAAUCUCAACAAUCAUCUAACUUAUCGAAGGAGUGCAAAGCUACGAAGACCCUGGGUGUCAUCAUGGGCACUUUUAUCGCGUGUUGGCUGCCAUUUUUCAUCCUGGCCCUUAUCAAACCCUUCUGUCACUCGUCAGACGCAUGCAUACCUCACUGGCUGAACGCCCUCUUCCUUUGGUUAGGGUACGCCAACAGUUUCCUGAACCCCAUCAUCUACGCCAGGUUCAACAGGGAGUUCCGGAAACCCUUCCGUGAAAUUUUGUUGUUCAGAUGUCUCGGCAUCAAUCGCAGGCUGAGGUUCGACACGUAUGCCGAGCAGUAUGGACCAACCAGUCAGGAUAGACUG